CCACGCAACGCACCAUUCCAUCGAGGAAGGAAGACCGUAUUAUUUAUCGGAUACAAUAAUGGCUGCUACCCAACAACUCUGUUGUUUUCUGCGCUGUCCCCUCGACAUUGGAAGGUCACGGAUGUUUCUAUCGUCGCUUUGAAGCCGUCAUUCCCGCCGUUGCUUCCCUGGCCUGGCUGCUUACCCACAAUGCAUUGCCAGAGGGUUUUGUGUAUCAUAGACAGACCGAUGUAACCAUCACCACCGCCUCUUCACCAGCCAGUCCGCUCCACAGCAACACAGCAGAAAGGUCCUAUCCCGGUUGAUCUUGUUCUUUAUCUUACUGACAUCAUGUCUGGCCCAGGCGACUUACCAGCCUUAGAAGCUUCCGGGAUGGGCGGGAUGAGGCUUCCCAUCGGGAUGACCCGACGGGCGCUCAGCUACGACGACAACCUGGAGGCCCCCAUGUCCACGCCCCCCCAUGACAUCAACAUCAACAACCUGUGGAGACGACCAGUCGUACCGGAGAGGAAGUUCUCACACCUGGCCGAGGAGGAUGAGAGCGGUGCAGUGAGUCAGUCUACAGUGCCAGACAACGCCCCCUCCAGGUCACCAGGUGUAGUGAAAGCCAAGGCCUCAUCCAUCAUCAUGAACUCGCUCAUCACCAAACAGACUCACGAUAGUAUGUACAAGUUUGAGCAGAAGGCGGGGUUAACCGACGCCAGCUACAUGCCCCACAAAGGCCUUACCGCUGAGGACACACGACACCUUCACCGCAUGCCCGAAUCCUUCCAGAAAAUGCAGAUCCAGAGCAUGGAGGCCAAAGAAGAGCGGCAGAAUUCCUCCGCCCAGUCUACCCCAUCCAACACACCACACAGCUCCCCGAAACAAAAGCGCAGGAGCUGGUUCAACAGUACAGGGUCAGAGGUCAGCAUGAGCUCCUCCAACAGCAGCGUGGACAUGGGAGCAGCAGACAUGGCGGCAGCAGCAGGAGGAGGAGGAGUCGUCGGAGGUGUGGUCGAACGGUGGGGCGUGUUUGGGCCGCGCCCGUUCGUCCAGAAAUCGGCCUCAGACCUGGGAUCAGACAACACAACCGGAGCAGGCUUUGCGCUGCAGGCGUACCGCGGCGCCCAGAAGCCAUCCCCCAUAGAGGUAAUGAAGUCACAGGCCACUCGGCUGGCUGACAACCCCGCCGCUCAGAAGGUGUCCCCGCCCAAAAUGGAGAUUCCCACAGUGGACGGUCGGAGGCAGGGAGCGCGACCACACAAGCUCAAACCCAGAGACAUGAACAUCCUGACGCCCUCCGGCUUCUAGGAGGUCACACGACAUCAUCGACGUCAAAGCUGCCGACGCUGAAGGUCACAUGAAAUGAAAACCUCGGUUGUUACCGUCUGUUCCUGUAACUGGGAUGAGAAUUCAAUCCAGUCGUGUGAUUUCAGAUUUAUCACAACUUGGGUCUUAUUUUCAUAGUUUUGUCCAUCAUUCAUGUCAGUAAUAAUAACACUGUGCUCAAGUUAAUUACUGACUGAUCUGGGAUAACGGCAGCAUUCCUAAAAAAGAAGUUUGGGAAAGGUUGUAAACAUUCUGACAGAUU